CACUGCUGAGGACUGACACCAAGUCUGUGGACUUUCACAGAGGACGAGGACAAGCAAGAAUGAAACUCGAAGCUCAACAGAGCGACUGUCGCACCAAGACAUGAGUGAUGGACAGCACGUGAUGGGAUGCCACACGCGCCCAAGAUUCGAGACCAUCUUGGGCUGGCGCUGAUGUCACUUGUCGUGCUUGUCAGGGUGGCUAGCGGCAUCUGAUGAGCACCAUCCGUCAUGCAGCUGUGGCAUGAGUCGGCGUGGGGAGUGCCAUUGGAGGCCCAGCAUUGGACACAUGCCACCAGGCGGGUGAUUGCAAACAACAGUGAAUAGCUGCAAUAUCGUCAACAACAGAAUCUCCACCGAAGGAGAGUGCAAAUUGGGGCGCAGUCGUUGGCAUUGUAGUAUUCUUCCAGCAAGCGGCAUUUCGGAGGUUCUAAGAACGCAAAAUCUCCGUCUGAGCAUUCCACAGCCGGGUGCUAAUAACAAACGAACAGAAGAGCGCAUUCUCCAAAUUGGCUCGUCCCAAUCAGCCACAUCAUCAUUAUUCGGCUAUCGUGAUCGCCAUCAUACAACCUCAGUUCCAGUUCAUCAACAAGCACUCCAGGGUAAAACUCAGCAAGGCUAUUUAUACGCAGUAGACUUUCUUUGUUCUCUUGUCGAGGCUGUUGGCCGCGUCCGUCUGACAGGGGCUGUCCCGGCUCGUCGGUUGACGGUUCGGUUGGGCUGCUGGGAAAUUUUAGGUACCCCUUGGCCCAAUCUCUUAGCGGAGUGACUUUUGACGCCCUCUGACUGCAUGGUUGGACACGUUGAUUACCAGGCGCACAGGCACCCCCUUCCCACUCUCUCUGUCAGCUCCCCCGACCCCCAUCCUGCCUGCCUCUUCAGGUAAAAUUGCGCCCAUGACAUUCGGCAGCUGGAAACAAACACGCGUCCUUCACUGGACUUGACUGUGCAAGCUGCAUUGAUCAGUUCAGGACCGCUGGGGAUCAAGUCUUGCUCUCACGUCGCCCGAAACGAACCGAACCGAACUUGCCAGACCCCUCGGACACGGAAACUCGAUACUUCGUCAUAAGUAAUCCCACGAUAGCCUCCUGCACCCGCACCCGCACCCGCACCCGCACUCGAGAGACGGCAGGCAUCUCUCGACGCCUUCUCACCAAACAUGAAUACCAUCCAGCAAAAGUGUCGGCCGAAGCAUCAGGUCCUCGUCUUGAAGUGCUACCCGCGAACAGCCAAGGGAGCUGUUGACGUCAAGCCCAACUCGAGCGAGCUCAGUUACCUGCUAUUCUAUGCCCAAUCACGGCGCUCCAAGAUCCAGAAAGUUGGCAGCUUUCUGGAGAAGAAAACAGCCAGCGAUGUAUACCGGCUGAGGAUAGGUAAUGUCCAAGUGACGCUCGGCAUCCUCACGGCCUUGAUCGAAAAGACGCCCAAGGAUCUUCCCCUGUUUGCGUCAUGCGUUCUCAACAUCCUCGACCAAAUACUCAAGUCCAAUGAUAUCACCAUGGUCGAGUCGUCCCUCCCCACGUUUGAGGCAUUUUGCGAGCAUCACGACCCAACUUCACUGCUGGGUGACCAGGCCUAUCUCCGCCAAUAUCUGUCUAUAGUUCAGCGAUAUGCCUCCUUGGCCUCAACCCGUGCGAUCCCCGGCAAGCUCGAGCCUAGUAAGCCAUUGGCGCUGCGGUGGAGGAACUCGGGUCUGGAAGCCAUCAAGAGCGUUGCCUCGUCCGAGGCCCUGUCCUCGGUCACUACUCAGCAAUACAGCGUGGCUAUUCCCAUGGUAUUGGAGAAUCUCUGGACGGAUAAUGAAGACUUUUUGGAUAUUCUGCACCAGCGAGCAGAAAUGGACGACAAGAUAGGAGGCUCGCCACUGCUAAGGAGGCGGACGAGUAUCGCUACAGUGCAAACAGCCGGGACAGAUGGGGAGCCAAACCCUAUUGCGCUUGCCGGGACGGCUGUCGACGCGGACAAGCUGGCAGAGGAGGAUAUUGGUGUUCUGGCCAUGCAAUGCCUCAAGGAGAUCUUUGUGGCCCCAAACCGGCCCCAGAUCCAUGCGGCAACUCUGGCUGUGUUGAAAUUUAUCGAGGAGCGAGUGAGCCAACGCGAGCCGGUGGUGAGGACCGAUAUGCACGGAAAGGACAGCGGGUGGGCCAUCAAGAUCUUCUUGCUGGCUGCUCGCUGGACGCCGGUGGCCGAUCGAUUCACCAUCCUGAUAACAGCAAUGGACACACUCGCUUCAUAUCCGCUGACCGAUGAAACCCUGGAGCAGCAUAUCGUGAUGGCGGCCAUCAUCGGCGCACUUCUGCGGUCUGACAUCAACCUGAUCGGCCUUAGUGUUAUGGAUAUUCUGCUUCAGUUCAUUGCUCACAUUCGACGGCUCGUUCAAAUGCCAGGGGAUCCAAACAGCAUGAGAAGCGAGCCUCUCAAGCCCGGCAUGCCAGACCCGCGUUCGCCGGCGACUCUCGAGUUUGCCGAGAAGCUUGAUCGAGCGGCCGACGAGCGCAAGAACCUGCUUCUUCGACUGCAAGAGUGCAUAGGAGACUUGGCCACGCAUGUUUACUACGCGGACCAGAUCUCUGAUAUGAUCGCUGCAAUUCUUGCCAAACUCAAGCCUGCGAGGUCGAAUAGUAUUUCUGGAUCUCCACAGGGCGAGAAGGCGGACGGAACCCCUGGGUCAUCGGCGAACGCGCUUGCCGACGAGCAGCACAUCGACUCUCUCUUCGCUCUUACCGUUGCAAAGAUAGCAGCUCUGAGAGCCAUCAAGUCUAUUCUGCUGGUGGCAAAUCCGAGGAGCAAGAUGAGUGGCAAUGUCGGGCUUUCCAGAAACCACGUGCCUGUUUCUACAUGGGAUGGCACUCAAUGGCUGCUGAGGGAUCCAGAUGGACUCGUGCGCAAGGCAUAUGCCGAUGCUUUGGUGACCUGGCUUGACCGAGAGACCACCAGCGCCGAUGGGAAGGUCCGCGAUGAGACGGCGAGAUCGGCCGUGAAGAACAGGGAUUCUCAGGCGGCAUCGCUUGCGAGGAGGGCCGUCUCGAGCGCUUCUGCUCGGGAGAAGCCGGUCAAGACGCCACGGUCACAAUUCCUGCAGCUCAUCCAUCUUGCCAUAUAUGACAAUGCUGUCCAGUAUGUCGACUACGAGACUGACAUGGUUUUGCUUCAUGUUCUGCUCGCCAAGUUGGUCAACCGGCUCGGCAUCAACUCUGUCAGAUAUGGUCUGCCCAUGAUCUUCCGGCUCCAGGAGGAUAUCCAAGAUGCCGAGACGCCGAUUCAAAAGGUUCGCAUCGGCAGCUUGGUCCAUGGCUAUCUGUGGAUCUUGACCGAGAAGUUCGAGUUCGACGGCGUGCCUGUUGGGAGAGCUAUCCACAACGAGAUUGUGCGCCGCCGCAGCAAGAACUUCUGGGUGGAAGGCAUCAACGUUCCGGUUCCUGUGAUGGAGCUGGUGGGGACACCUGGUAUGGCCCGGCCGCAGCCAAGGUUACCGCUCAAGGAGAUCGAAUCCGAAGCGCUGCUUCCCUUUGAUGAGCGUGACGCAUUGGUUGAUGCGGUGUGCGCUGGCUAUCAGACGUUGACUACCUCGCCGCCUACGAGCCCGGCCGCUAGCCCCGGCAGGAGCUUUACUCACCCCAUGCUGGGUGUUAACCUGAACGCGAUCCCAACCAUCGAGACGGAGAACAGGGUUCCAGACCAUGUUCGCGAGCAAAUGCAUAACGAGUGGAGCCGUGAUAUUGUCUUGGCAGCUGUUCAGAAUACUAGCAAAUCCGCCUCUCUCGCCGGGUCGCGAACCACUGGCACCCGUAAUGGAACUGGCGGAGGCCUUGCAGUCAACGGCAACGGUCUUCGUCCAGACCGCAUGUCUCCUCACGGCAGCAAGACGAACCUCCGUCCUUCCACAUCGCCUGCGGGUCUACGAAAGUCGAGCUUGCGUAGUGGCCACUCGCCAGCCCGGACCUACACAACUGAUGGUAAGGAGCAGGUGACCUCGGUAGAGCAGCUCAAGCUUGUCUUGUCUGGCCAUCUUCAGCCACCAUCUACCUCGCAUGGCGCAGGGUUCCAGCCGCAGCAUGACGAUUCAAGCAGCGACAGCCUUGUCAGUUAUGAUCUGACACCGAGCGAGCUUUCGUUCAACCCUCCUGUUGCUGGCGAGAUGGAGACAGUGCCAGAGGGAGCUGGUCUGGAGCUGGACAAGGUUCCCACCUACCACGAGCGCAAGUCUUCUCUUCCAGGGGGGCCUCUCAGCUCUCACCCGACGCACGAGGAGGAUGAGGAUCAAGACGGGAGAGUACCUCCGGUACCGAAGAUUCCGGAGGGUGUGCCGGGAGUUCGGGUACAUAAGACAUCGGCUCAUGAUUUUGCGACCCUACCGAGGCCAUCAACGUCGAAGCGGAGCCUCAAGAGCCGAGGUGGCGGUCAGGAUCGGUCGCUCUCGUCAUCUUGGAUGUCGGCCGAGGAUAAGCUGCCGGUGAUGGAUCUCCAGGCGUUGUUGAAAGGGAUUGACAGUCAUGGUGGAGACCAGCAUUUGGGGGGCAUCACGAAGCCUCCUUACUAG